AUGAGAUUGAGUAAGUCAUCGGACAGUAUAUCUUCGACUGAAGACAGCUGCCGCUGCUACAUCCACGACAUUCGAAACUUCGAAUGGAAACUGAAACGAAAUCCAACAACACCAACUGUCAUGGAUAACAUGAAUAGCAUCUUCCCGUUAGCCUUCGGGACGGAUACAAUCAACGAGGACGUUUACGCAACACGCUAUGGCGAAACCUACAUUCCCUUUUCCGCACACAUCCGGCCGGCCCCGACUCCCCAGACAGGCUCGGAAUUCCACCCGUUUCUCAGGCUCCCAUCAGAGCUACAACUAUAUACCCUCAGCUUCUGCGAUAACGCAAUUCUCUUCAAACUCAUGCAAGUAUGUUCCAUGCUUCGCGAGGAAGCGGGGAAGCUCUUCUGGAAACAGCCAGAUGUGUGGCAUCUUAUCGACGGCGCCUGGCUACUCCACGGAGGGGGCCUGAAUGGCGACACAGACGACAAUGUCGAUGUACUACGUUUUAUGCAGCGAGUAGAAGUAAACGUCGGUAGAAUGGAGCCGUUCUACGAGGUGGAAGGUGAGGAUGAUGGUGCUUUCAGGCGCGAUUGCAUCCCACCCACCCACACACCGUAUACAGCGCAGGAUAGGAUGCGACAUAUACAAGACUUCUGGAAACUGCUAUAA